UAAAAUGCAUUACAGUAUAUUACAAAAAAUAAUAGUAACUUGUUUAUAAGGAAUUAUUCCUUUAGUACUGCAAUUCCAAAGUUUGGCCUCAAAGCGCCGCUGUUUGACUAAUAAAUGUAUAGAACUGAAACUCCAACAAUGUUUUCCUCAGUGAAACACACAGCAGGUCUGCAACAGAGAAGACCGAUCUUUUUGCAAUAUAAAUUCUAGUCAAAGUGCAGCAUGUUUGCUGUUAUUUCAAUGGACUGAGCAGUUUGAAACACCUUUCUUACUUUGAUGGAUUAUAUUUCCCAAAUGGAUUAUGGAGCAGAUUUGCAUGCAAAUAAUGCCUGAGAUGAAAGAAAACUUAAAGACAAACAAAGGAAUCAUAUGGCAAGUAACAUUUUUCUUCUUAUUUUACUGGCUAUGUCAUUCAGUCUCUGGUCAGAUUCAUUAUAACAUUGUAGAAGAAAUGAAAAAAGACUCUGUUAUAGCAAAUAUUGCAGAUGAUCUUGAAUUAGAUAUAAACAAAUUGUCAUCUAGAAAACUACAGAUUGUGUCUCAUGUUUCAGAGAAACAUUUUUAUGUGAAUCCAGGAAAUGGAAAUCUCUAUGUGAGAGACAGGAUAGACCGAGAGACACUGUGUGGAUCAGCAGCUACAUGCUCUUUAAUAUUUGAUGCAAUGGUUGAAAAUCCCUUCUAUUUUUUCAACAUCAAUAUAGUAAUUCAGGACAUAAAUGAUAAUGCUCCAGUAUUUUUUCAUGACACAUUUACCAUAGAAAUUGUUGAGUUCACAUUACCAGGAGCCAGAUUUGCUUUACAAAGCGCAGAAGAUCCAGAUAUUGGUAUCAAUUCUAUACAGACAUACAAGCUUGGUGAUAAUCAAUAUUUUACACUGACUGAGACAAAAGGAGAUGAUGGAAGUACAUUUCCAGAACUUAUUCUAGAGAAGCCUUUAGAUAGAGAAACACAAAGUAAUCAUGAAUUAAUUCUAACAGCAUUAGAUGGAGGAAAUCCUGUUAGAUCUGGUACUGUACUAAUCAAAAUAGUUAUUGCCGAUGCCAAUGACAAUGUUCCUAAAUUUACACAAAAUGUGUAUAAAGUCAGUGUCAAUGAAAAUGAUCCUGUUAACUCAACUGUAAUCAUAGUGGAAGCAACAGACACAGAUGAAGGCACCAAUGCACAGAUCACUUACUCAUUUAGUAAAAACUCAGAAAGCAUUCAUCAUACAGGUAUGUUUAGCAUCAACUCAGCAAAUGGAGAAAUACAAACAAAUAGAAAUUUUGAUUUUGAGAAGAUAAAAAACUAUGAAUUAUCUGUACAGGCCAAAGAUGGAGGAGGCCUUGUUGCCCAUGCCAAGGUACUCAUAGAAGUAAUAGAUGACAACGAUAAUGCUCCUGAGAUAAUCAUUACCUCAUUAUCCACUUCUAUUCCUGAGGAUUCUGAGCCUGGAACAGUGAUUGCUGUAAUAAGAGUCAAUGAUCAAGAUUCUGGGGAGAAUGGGGAAGUUGAUUGCCAGAUUACAGAGAAGGUACCAUUUGAGUUAAAUCUGUCAUCUAACAGAUUCUAUAAGAUAAUCACCACAAAAAUUGUAGAUAGAGAAAUAAAUUCUAGCUAUAAUAUAACUGUUGUAGCUACUGACAGAGGAUCUCCUUCACUUUCCAGAAGAAGGACCAUCAGAUUAGAGAUAUCAGAUACUAACGACAAUCCACCAGUAUUUAUGAAAUCCACAUAUGUAGCUUAUAUAUCAGAAAAUAACUUACCAGGAGCCUCAAUUUACAGUGUAAAAGCUUUAGAUCCUGAUGCUGGUGACAAUGCUAAAAUUAUGUAUUCAGUUUUUAAUACUAAUAUAGAUGAUCUCCCAGUAUCCACGUAUUUCUCUAUUAAUAUAAAGACUGGAGUUCUAUAUGCUCAGAGGUCAUUUGACUUUGAGCAAAACAAAGAGUUUAAAUUACAAGUGACUGCUAGAGACAAUGGUUCACCAUCCCUGAGCAGCGAUGUCACAUUACUUAUUCGAAUAGUAGAUCAAAAUGACAAUGCACCGAAAAUCCUCUACCCUCCACCAGAAAAUGGCUUAACUGUGUUUGAGAUGGUCCCUUUUCCCUCUGAACCUGGAUCUUUAAUAACAAAGGUGGUUGCAGUGGAUGAAGACUCUGGACAUAAUUCUUGGCUGUCUUAUCAUUUCAUGCAAGUCUCGGAACCAUUUUACUGUAUCAUUAAUAAACAUACUGGAGAAAUUAGGACAUCACGAGCCUUUCAAGAAAAGCAUGUACUAAAUCAUAAAGUUGUGGUGUUGGUGAAGGACAACGGAGUCCCCUCUCUCUCAUCUACUACAACCUUAAGUCUGGUUAUUGCAGACAGGUUUCAACAAGUGGUUCCUAAAAUUAUCAGUCAUGCUAAUGAUGGCAAUGUUGAUUCAAAUCAGCAGCUAUACUUAGUGAUUGCCUUAGCACUGAUUUCAUUGUUAUUUAUUAUAACUAUUAUGGUGGUUAUCAUAUCAAAAUGCAGAGUAUCCAAAUCCCCAACAACCUCUUUUAGUACAAGUUUGUAUCCUCCAAUGGAUCCCAGAGUGCUCUCCAUGUAUAGUGAUGGAACAUUAUCACUCCCCUAUCCAUAUAACUUCUGUGUGACUUUGGAUUCAGCAGACAAUGACUUUACCUAUGUUCCACCACAUCAAAAUGUCCCAGUGGAAAAUUUAAUUGACACAGAUGAUUUAGGACAUGAAAAUGAAAGUUUAAAUAACCCAUUGAAAACCAAGGGUAUCGAGCAGGUAAGUCAUAAAUUAUACAUUAUUUAUCAUAUUUUACCCUUUAAAACUUGA